AUGGCCAAGAGUCUACCAUUGGCAGAUAUAAACAAUACAACUCAAGUGUUGAUGUUCGAGGAAGUGUGGGGUCGCAGCUUCUGUCGGACCAUUGAGAAGCUGGUGGAGGUGGUGCAGGAGUAUCCGACAGAGGUGGAGCACAUCUACAGCCCUUCCUGUGUGCCGCUGGUGAGGUGUGCAGGUUGCUGUGGGGACGAAAACAUGGAGUGCCAUCCCACCCAAACCACAAACGUCACCAUGCAGCUGUUGAAAAUCAGGCCAUCAGAGCCGGAGCAAGAAUAUGUUGAGAUGACGUUUGUGGAGCAUCAGACAUGUGAAUGUAGAGUCAGGAAACCUAUUGUGAAGGUUGAAAGGAAAAGGCAAAGAGGAAGAGGAAGAAAGAGAAAGGAGAGACAGAAAAUGAAAGAAUGUGACAGGUGCCAGAUCCCUCGCAGGUAACUGCAGUGGCGACCCAACGCCCUGUUGCAGUGUGGCUCACUAUUUAUUUCCAACCCAGUGACAGCAUCAAGAGUCUCCUCUGCUCAUCUAUCAAUACUGUGUCUGCAGCCAGAGACUCAAACAGCUUGGUUGUUUUGGUGACACGCCCUCCUGCUGAUGGGCACAGCGUUUGUGACGACGAGCUUCAACAGGAAGUGUGCUUUGAUUGAUGGAAACACGCUGUUACACAACUGAUCCAAUGGACAUGCCUGGGAGCCAGUGCAAUGUAGAACAAAACAGACAGAUGCCUUCUCUUUUAUACUAGCUAUUACUGUAUCAGUUAUUGUAAUUUGGUCAUUUCUUUGGUAUUUAAAGGUGAUUACACUUGUUUAAAGACUAUAUUUAUUGAUACAGCUGAAUAUAUUUGGACCAGCGACCUUUUGUCACCCUUUGGUCAAACAUUAUCCAAGAAACCUUGACUUGUCAGAGCAGCAAAUGUUGGACUGAGUGUGUAGCUGCUUUGUACAUGAAAUAAUGUAAUGUCUCCCUCUAGUGUUGAUGGAAUCAGUGUUCAAAAGUAUUUUUCAUAGGUCAACUAUCUUCUACCUAUUAGUUAUUAAAAUAUAGACAUAUGCUUGAAGUGUUUUACUGUCGAUUCAGACUUAAACAAGAACAAUAUUUAUAAGUUUUAUGUCCAUGGACAAUUGUGUGUAAAUAAAUAACUGUGAUAUAU